CCCGACGGUGGAUUUAGCCGCUGCGAGGAGAGCUCCGGCUCCGGCCAAGCUCCAGCCCCUGCACCCCCGGCCCCGGGCCCGGCUCCGGCAUGGAUGUGAGGUUCUACCCCGCGGCGGCCGGGGACCCCGCCGGCCUGGACUUCACGCAGUGCCUGGGGUACUACGGCUACAGCAAGUUCGGAAAUAAUAACUACAUGAACAUGGCUGAGGCAAACAAUGCCUUCUUUGCUGCCAGCGAGCAGACAUUCCACACGCCCAGCCUGGGGGAUGAAGAGUUUGAGAUCCCACCAAUCACGCCUCCUCCUGAGUCUGACCCCACCCUGGGCAUGCCAGAUGUACUGCUACCCUUUCAAGCCCUCAGUGACCCAUUGCCUUCCCAGGGAAGUGAAUUCACACCCCAGUUUCCCCCUCAAAGCCUGGAUCUCCCUUCCAUUACAAUCUCAAGAAAUCUGGUGGAACAAGAUGGAGUGCUUCAUGGCAGUGGGCUGCAUAUGGAUCAGAACCACACACAAGUGUCACAGUACCGUCAGGAUCCCUCCUUGAUUAUGAGAUCAAUUGUCCACAUGACCGAUGCUGCUCGCUCUGGGGUCAUGCCUCCUGCCCAGCUGACCACCAUCAACCAGUCUCAGCUCAGUGCACAGCUGGGCUUGAAUCUUGGAGGGGCCAGUAUACCCCAUACUUCUCCUUCGCCUCCGGCAAGCAAAUCAGCCACUCCAUCGCCUUCCAGCUCCAUUAACGAAGAGGAUGCUGACGAGGCCAACAGAGCCAUUGGAGAGAAAAGAACGGCCCCAGAUUCUGGCAAGAAGCCCAAGACUCCAAAGAAAAAGAAAAAGAAAGAUCCCAAUGAACCCCAGAAGCCAGUAUCAGCAUAUGCCCUGUUUUUCAGAGACACACAGGCCGCAAUUAAAGGUCAAAACCCCAACGCAACCUUUGGAGAGGUCUCAAAAAUCGUAGCAUCUAUGUGGGACAGCCUUGGAGAGGAACAAAAGCAGGUAUAUAAAAGGAAAACAGAAGCUGCCAAAAAAGAAUACCUGAAGGCUCUGGCUGCAUACAGGGCCAGCCUCGUUUCCAAGGCAGCUGCUGAAUCAGCAGAAGCCCAGACUAUCCGUUCUGUUCAGCAGACCCUGGCUUCAACCAAUCUGACAUCUUCCCUCCUUCUCAACACACCACUGUCUCAGCAUGGAACAGUUCCAGCCUCGCCUCAGACUCUCUCACAGUCACUCCCUAGGUCAAUUGCCCCCAAACCUUUAACCAUGAGACUGCCCAUGAGCCAGAUUGUCACAUCAGUCACCAUCGCAGCCAACAUGCCGUCGAACAUUGGGGCUCCACUGAUAAGCUCCAUGGGGACCACCAUGGUCGGCUCAGCCGCCUCCACCCAGGUGAGCCCUUCUGUGCAAAGCCAGCAGCAUCAGCUGCAGAUGCAGCAGCAGCAACUGCAGCAGCAGCAAAUGCAUCAGCAGAUCCAGCAGCAGAUGCAGCAGCAGCAUUUCCAGCACCACAUGCAGCAGCACCUCCAGCAGCAGAUCAACCAGCAGCAGCUGCAGCAACAGCUACAACAGCACCUCCAGCUGCAGCAGCUGCACCACAUGCAGUCCCAGCCGUCUCCCCGACAGCACUCCCCGGUCACCUCACAGAUCACAUCGCCCAUCCCCGCCAUCGGCAGCCCCCAGCCGGCUUCUCAACAGCAGCACCAGUCACAAAUCCAGUCUCAGACACAGACUCAAGUAUUAUCGCAGGUCAGUAUUUUCUGAAGACGCACGUGCCACACCACGCAGCAGUGGAUUUGAGUGCACCAAGGAGAUGGCAUAGGCGGGAAGGUGUAUCCGGGCUGAGACUUGUAAGAUGGCGUUAGUUAUGCAGACAUGCGUAACAGAUCAACGGGUCCUCUCAAGUGUCUAUUAGAUAGGCAAUAAGAACUGUGGUGUAGCUGGGUAACAUCUUUUAGCUGACUAUAAAUCAUUUUGUUUCUAAACAAGAAAAGCUGUGCUCUUUUAUGUGAUGCCUUUUUUAUUUAUUCAGGCUAUACCUACAAUAUGUGAAUCAAACCGUUUAAUGAAUCCUGGGAUAUACUGAUGACUGUAAACUGGCCUCUCCGAGUCAUAGAAAAUGGCCUUAUUUCUCCAGAAGUGAGUAAACCCCACUUCCAGGCUAUUGGAACUUCUGCAGCCCUAAAGUAAAUAAAUAAAUAAAUGAAUAAAAAGCACAGUUGUAACUACCUGAAAUAUGAAGAUUCAGUUUCAUACAAACAUUUGUAUGAUGUGAAUAGUUGAUGGCAUUUUUUUUGUCAUAAAAAAAUAAUGUAAAUCACAGACUUUUGCCAAAGCUCUUAUUUUUUCCUAAAUCUCUCCAGAAAAAAAUGCAAGUGAUUAGAUUCAAUUAUUGACUUAUUUACUUAUUCCACUUUUUAUUCAUGCCUUCUCCAAAUCAAACCACAGUAUGUGUUGUGACAAUAUCUAUGACCACUGUUAGCCCAUUCUGUUCAUUCCAAUUAGAAGAAAAGAAAUGUGAAUACUAUAUUCCGUGUUUUGAGUGACAAGUUUUGAAAAAUAAAAAAAACACUGUAUUUUUAAAAGGGAAAUGCACUUAAAUGAAACAGCUAUUACAAAAGUUAAGAUUUAAAAAAGAAAAAGCAAGAGUUUUUAUUAUGAUGUAAUACUGGUAGACUAUUUAAAAGGCACACUACAUCUGAAUAAUCAAUGUAAAUAUUUUCUUUCAAAGUUGUAAGUUUUCAUAUUAUGUGUUGUAAAGUUUUCCUAAACGAGGCUUUAACGUAAACACUGGUGACAUAAACCGCUCAUUGCGACAUUGCUUAUUGUGUUUUUAUGCUGUUUUAUACUUUUUUAUGAGUUACGAUAGCAGCAAUUAAGUUGUUUGUAUUUUGCUUAACUAAAACAAAAAUGCUUUUAUCUUGCUAUAGAAUAAACACAUUUCAGUAAAAACUGUGGACUGUAUUUUGAUGCAACAACAAGGAAUCUGUUCACUUUUCAAAUAAAAUGGUAUGUGAGAUUUCA